AUGGACAAUAACUAUGGUCACACGGUAUAUCUGGACCAACUACAGAACAAGAAAUACGAGACGGUGAAGGCUCUCGAGAAGCUUGGCAAACGAGCCGCCGCAGUCGUUCAUGAAGAGCAGCGGUGGCAUCACUGGGUGAGGGAAUGUCAGGAGAAGGAGGAGGAACAGGCGCAGAGCGAAGCAAAGAAGGUGAAGCUGGAGUUUCAGCUCUUUAAAAGAUACGAAAAGGAACUCGAUCGUCGUCAACGGGACAUGCGAUCUAGAGAGAUCAAGAGGCGCGAAGAACAGUACUUGAACCAAGUAUAUGCAGAGCGCGCCCAGACGAUGUCAAGGGAAGAGGAAGAGGAAUGGGAAGAGCAGUGGGACCCCAUUCAAGAUAUUUAUGGCUACGAAAGAGGUCGCUAUGUCGAGCUCAUCAAUAUGUUUCUGAUGAUCAGUGAGCAGGAACAUGAAGACUAUUGCGCAGGUGUGGAGGCAUCUCAGCUUGAUGGCCCUGCCGCACCGACAUCUUCGCACCAAGCCACCGGACAAGCCGCGACGGGCAAGAAGUCCAUCAUAAUGGAGACCAAGGAACAGAUGCGCAGGAGACUUCAGACGCCUGUCAACUUCGAGCGCGCGCCAGGCCAAUAUCUUCCUGAGUUUUUAAGCCCAAGGACGACGACUCCCGUAGUUCCUCACGACGAGAUCGAGACGCUCUUGGAUGAGAUUUGUGAGAUCAAGAACUUUCUCUUCUGUCGACUUCUUUUGGCAUCAAGUGCACUCCUGCCUAUCGCACUCCAGGCCGGCAGCAUAGAGGAACUCCUGCAAAGCGAAGGUGUGACAAGGGAACAUUUACGAGAUGUUUGCCUCAAGCUGGAGCGUCCCAGUCUUGAGAACAUGCGAGACGCGUGUGCGGACUUCAUGCGUGAAAGGGAUGGGGCUGAUGCACCAAAAGACAUUGCCAAAGACCUCGCCCUGAUGGACAUUAUCGACGCCCAACAGCGAAUCCAGAUCAGGGUCUGUGGCCGCCAUAUGUACUACUACCGUAACGAGCGCGCUCUCAACCGCAGCGGCUGGUUUCACUUCUCUAUCAUCGCGAAAGACUCCGAGCUCGCCGAUGCCGUUGCGCUUUGUCGAAACUGGGAAGAGUUCUUCGAGCUCACGAUACUGUCAAUGUAUCGGUUGUUCCCGGCUCCAAAGUGGACGAAGUUUGUGGGCGAUGUGAAUCGUCAAUGCCUCCUGCUUCUCGGUUUCAUACCUUAUUUCCAAGUCGACGGCGCCGAAGCUAAAACGACGCAACAUAGGAUUAGUGGUCGUGCUAGUUCGGGACGGUCGUUCGAUUUUAAGGAAUCACGCAACAUCCUCUGCGGUAUCGUCAAGCGUGACGAUACCCUCAAUCGUCGAUUCCUUGAGUGCCUAGCAAUGGAGUCGGCCGACCUUCGUGUUUUGGUUCAUGAUCCGGUGACUGGCAAAUUCGUAAUCCAACCACCAAAGGAGGAGUUUUGGCUGAGCCGCGAGAAGGCCGGACGUGGCAGGUCUACAAAACAUGAAUACACCGUCACAGUUGAGGUCGAUAACGCCUUUUUCGAACAGGCCACCGCCUGCAGGGCUUGGUCGUUGAACUUCAACGAUUAUUAUAAUGUUUAUAUCUGGGAUGCACCGCCCGGUCGGAGUGCAGAUGAGCUACAGGGCAAAAUACAAGAGGUCCGUAAAGUGAAGGGAAAAGACAUGCUUGUCAGAGUUCGGCACAUAGUGCAACAUAUCACAAAUGAUCGUGAGAAUAGACGUGUUCGCAGCAUUCGGCCUGGAGAGAAUGUUCCUAGCAUGCUCGAUGACUUCGAGCUUGGCGCAGAAGCUUUCCCCAUCCCGAUUGAUGAGAUAUACAAGGAGCGAUUCUUCACAGAGAUCGACGAAAUAGAGGAUGCCCUUUUAUAUCCAACGCGCGCACCUGGCGACAAGUCGCAGCCACCCUUCCCCCGAGAGAUUGUUGGGAAGAUACACCGGAGGACAAAGUGGAAGUGGUGGAAAAUUGCCAGCGAUGCCAGCACUGAUGAAGAGUCAUCUGCUUCUGAUGAAGAGUCAUUUGCUUCAGACGAUGCAUCCGAAGCUAAAUCCGACGAGGGAUCGCAGAAAAUGAACGAUCCAAGAGCAGUGUUAUUGCGGCGCAUGUUGGCGAACGACCCUCAUGUUAGUGUUCUGGCCGGAAAAGCGAUUGACAAGCUCCCUUCGAAGAGAGAACUCGACGCAUUCGGUAAUCAUGGAACGCUGAUCCCACAGUUUCAAUGGGCGGACAGGUCACUGGGUUACGAUCAUUUCUUACCUAUGUUUGACCGUAAACGUGCUUCUGUGAUACCAAGCGAACUCAGGGAUUCUCCUUCGAAGCUUAUGGACACGCUAAGAACGGCUCUACGCCGUCAGCGAGAAUACGAUAUCCAAGGGAAACAUCUCAUUCGAGAGCUGUGCGGGAGCCAUGGGCAACGGUCAAUACACAGGGUUGAGAAAGAGGCAUUGCACAUGGGCGACCUGGAGCCCGGUGGCCUCGGCCGGUAUAUGGAGCACAAGUCCAUGGUAACGGCCAUGGACAAGUUUGUCAUGAGCGACAUCAACACAGGCCCGUUCGAGCUCUGCAAGUUCAUGCACAUGGCACCUCUCAUCCAAAGUGAACGUCGAAUCGUUGACGAGGCUUUCCAGGCUUACGCCGCCAUCGCCUUAUUCUACCAGACGGAAGAGUUUCUUGCUUCCGAGCACGGCCUACCAUUCCGGUCUUCCCUGCUGUUUGACCAAGAAGAAAGAGCUAAGCGAACCCCUGAUCGAAGAAGCCAUGUCAGCAAUCCAUAUAUGCCAGCAGAGUUGUGGACAGAUCGAGAUGAGCUCCUGAGACGCAAUCAGCGAAGCAAGCUUGAUCCUGUCUACGAUAUUUACCCGAUAGAAUGGCGUAAAAGGAUACGUACCGUGGUUAUGACCUUGUACAAAGCCGGCAUCAUACAAAGUGCUUACACACCCCAAGUUAAAGGUGUUGCAACUGCCGCCGCCGAACCCAACCGCGCGCUAGAUUUCUACCUUGAUUUCCGAGCCCAAUCCAGACCUAAAUUCAAGGCUGUCUUGGCGGAUCCUACACCCUUGAAUCGCGACUACAUAGUCAAGGCGGCAAACAAGUUCGCGGCUCAGCAUGGCUCUGCCAGGUUUUCGGCGCUGCGACUGUGGUCUGCUCCGCACUUUUACCCAAUGCAAGCUAGUGGGAAUGAGACAUUCGCAGACGAUCGCGGCAGGUACUGGGCUUGGAGAUACAUGCCUAAGGACUCGCCACUCAGUGAGUGGAACACGCACAAGAUCGUGAGUGACAUGAUGGAGCAAUACAGACGGAUAUGGGGAAACCAGGUGAGAGUUGCCAGGGAUCUGAUCCUGGUCAUGGGCAAGGACGCAGACGAGUGUCGGAGGCUCAGUGAAGGGGUGACGUGGGCUACGCAGACGCGCAGGGUGUAUGAGAUGGACUUUUGGCGAAGCUUUGUAAACGUAGACGCCGGCUUCCUGGAAAGGUUGCAUCCUGUAUGGCUUUCGUAG